AUGUCCAACUACUCGCAACAACAGUAUGGCGCGCCUAGUCGGCCAGCCUUCUCUGCACUCCAGUCUUCGAACACGCCCGCCGCCGGCUACGCCAGCACGUCUACUUCCAGCAUCGCCUCACGGUCUUCGACCCAGUCUGCGCCGCCUGUCUCGCCGUCUACAAGCCCCCAGAACCACCAGUACUUUGGCUCCCUGAACCAGCAGUCGCAACAAGCACAGCAGCAGCCUCGCCUCCAAGCACAACGACAUCCUAGCUUCGAGUACCAACCGAAUAGAAACGGUGCCGGCCAGACUGCAGCUGAGACUACAAACUAUCUCAACCAGGCUGCGCUGCUUGCCGAGGCUGCGAAACGGGCACAGAUGGCUUGUGUUAUGCGAGAUCUUGACGGCAUGGAGCUAUAA